AUGGAGUAUCUGCUGACGCGCGAUGAGGUGGACGCUGAUCGCGUGGUGGCGAUAGGGAACGAUAUGGCGCUGAUGACGGCGGCGCUGCAUGAUGGCGUGACUCAUGUGGUGUGCCAGCCGGGGCUGUUCGUGGAUACGCUGAAGUUGGCGGCGCGUACGGGGGACUAUCCGCUCGAAGAGAUCAACGAGUACCUGAACCUUUAUCCUGAGCGCAAACAGGCUGUGGAAGACACGCUUGGAUAUUUCGAUCUGAGAGGGUUCGCGCCGCGAGUGAACGCAAGGACGCUGCUGAUGGCGGGCGCGCCCGGCAGUUCGCUGGAUGCCGAGGGGCUGUCGGCGGUGUCAGGGGCUAUCCAGGGCGAUGUCAGUGUGUACGAAUCGCAGAGUUCGAGCUACAGGGACGGAGUGUACCAGGAGGAGUGGCUGGCGCGCGGAUUCGGGUUCGCGGAGGCGAUACUGCCGGAGCAUUGGCGCUGA